AUUCGGUCCCUCCGGCUUCGGGAGGCGGGCCGACGGCUCGCUGGCCUAUCACGGUCUUAUUUGAGUGUGUGUGUACGGGCCAACGAGACGCUUGCUCCUUAGGUGAGGCAUUCUGCGGCUAUCAGGUCUGUCUUUCUUUCCAUGAACAUUAGUCACGAAUGUGUUCUUUGGAAGUAGAUACUAGAUCCCAGGCCUGGGUAUCCAGGUCAUUUUCCACUGACUGCAGGAACGGCAGGCGGACACCAGGACACCCAGAGGCUGGAAAUGUGUCUCAGGGCGCAACUCUAACAGAGCACCUGUAACUCUCAAUUUAAAAAAAAAAACGAGGCAGAGAAGCAGCCAGAUUGGAUCUCAACGGGCUGAGACCACUUUAUUGGAAGAGCGAGGGGCUCUCAUCUUUCCGGGAUGAAGGAGUCAGUGAGCUUUGAAGAUGUGGCUGUGAAGUUCACGAAGGAGGAGUGGGCCGUGCUGGAUCCAUCCCAGAAGGAGCUGUACCACGAUGUGAUGCAGGAAACCCUGAGGAACCUGGCCUCUAUAGGAAACGAGUCAGGCAAACAGAUGGUUGUCAAUGAGUAUGAAAAUCUAUGGAGCGAACUAAGCAGCCACCUGGUGGAGAAAGUCUGUGACUAUAAUGAAGCUCAUCAGUGUGCAGAAAUCUUCAGCUGCAAUCCAGGACACUCUGUGAGCCUGAAAUCUUGUCCAGGAUUUGCCACAUUUGAAAAACAUGUAGAAGAUAGAAUUGGCCAUUCAUCUCUGGGUGUGCCACUGAACCAUUCAGUAGGACUCAGACCUAAUGACGACCAGGAACAUGGACAAAAGUUGUAUAAACAUAAGGAGUUUGGGAGCAGCUCCAGUUCUCCUCAGUCCCUUCAGAUGCAUAAAAGCACUCACACUGGAGAGAAACCUUCCAAAAAUAGAGACUAUAAAGAAGACCUUCCUUGUGUCAGAUCUGAUCCAAGAUAUGAAGAGCAUGACUGCGCACAGAAAUCGUAUGUGUGCAAGGAGUGUGGGAAAGACUUCACCAGUCCUAGUUCUUUACACAGACAUGAAAAGACUCACAGUGCAAAAAAGCCCUACGUGUGUGAACUGUGUGGGAAAGGCUUCGCUCGAUCAGUUUACCUUUCAAAACAUAGGAUGAAUCCAACUUGUGAGAAGGCAUUUCUGUGUAAUCAUUGUGGGAAAACUUUUAGUACUUCUGCUACCCUUCAGAGACAUACAAAAAUUCACAGUGGUGUGAAGCCCUAUGUCUGUAAGCAAUGUGGGAAGGCCUUCCCUGUUUCCCGUUACCUUAAAUCACAUGAACUGACUCACACUCGUGAAAAAUCUUAUGUAUGUAAGCAGUGUGGGAAAGCCUUUCCAUUUUGGAGUCAAUGUCAGAAGCAUAAAAUAACUCACAGUGGUGUGAAUCCCUAUGUUUGUAAGCAGUGUGGCAAAGGUUUUCCUUACUUCACCUCCCUGCAAUCACAUGAGAGAAUUCACACCGGUGAGAAGCCCUAUGUGUGUAAGCACUGUGGGAAAAGCUUUGCUCAUUUUGGUAACCAUAAAAGACACGAAAGAAUUCACACUAGUGAGAGACCCUAUGUGUGCAAGCAGUGUGGGAAGACUUUCAAUGAUUAUGGUUCCUUUCAAUUCCACAAUCGAAUGCAUACUGGAGAGAAACCCUACCAGUGUAAGCAGUGUGGGAAGGACCUAGCUUCUUCUUCCUCCCUUCAGAGCCACGAAAGGAAUCACUGUGGAGAGAAGCCCUAUGCGUGUUUGCAAUGCGGGAAAGCUUUCAGUUUUAAGAGCUCUCUUCGAAAACAUAAAAUAAUGCACAGUGAAGAAAAACCCUAUGUAUGUAAGCAAUGUGACAAAGCCUUUCGUCAUUUUUAUUUGCUUCGAGUACAUGAACGAGUCCACAGCAGUGAGAGACCGUAUCAGUGUAAGCAAUGUAGCAAAGCUUUUCAUUAUUCUUACUAUCUUAAAAAACAUGAGCGAAUCCACAGCGGUGAGCGACCAUAUCAGUGUAAGCUGUGUGGCAAAGCCUUUUGUUAUUCUAAUUAUCUUAAGAGGCAUGAAAAGCGAAUCCACAGCAGUGACAGACCUUAUCGGUGUAAGCAAUGUGGAAAAGGCUUUCAAUCUUCUGAUCAGGUUGAAAAGCAUGAACGUGUCCACAAUAAAGUCAGACCCCACAAAUGUAAGAUGUGUGGGAAAGGCUUUACAUUCCCUGGUCAACUUCACGCUUGUGAGAAACCUUACUUAUGUAAGCAAUGUGGGAAAGAAUUUUUGUCUCCAUAUCGCUUGCGAAGACAUGCAGUAACUCAUAGUAGAACAAAGAAGGAUGUUGGUAAGUAAUGUGAAAAAGUCAUCCCUUAGUUAGCGCUCACAGAAAUCAAAACACCUGAGGGUGAAACAGACUAUGUUACAAUGUAGGAAUGUGGCAAACAAGUCAUAAUGGAGAAAAGCUACUCUUUUGAUCAGCUGGCUUUUUGUAUUAAAAGUUCCCUUUAAAAACAUGGAAUCAGCUCUCUGGAGAAAAGCUGCAAGCAACUGUGAUAAUGUCUUCUGAGUUCUUAUUGUGGAGAAGAUGGAGAGAAGUCCCUAUACACACUCUGUGGAAAGCCUUUAGCUCUUAAGAGGCCCCCAUUCGACGGUGAAGUAGUCCUUGUGGAGGGAAACCCUUCAGUGUGUGGUGGUCUGAAAAAGGAUGUCCCUCAUAGGCUCAUACAUUUGAAUGCUUAGUCACCAUAAAAGUAGAAAGUUUGAAAUGGUUAGAGGGAUUGGGAGGUAUCACCUGUUGAACUAGAAGUAACCUUGGAGGAAUUGUGUCAAAAGGGGUAGGCUUUGAGAAUUCCAAAGCCUACUCCAGAUCCCCUCUCCCACCCUCUCUUUUUCUGUGCCUGUGGAUUAGGAUAUAGCUUUCAUCUUCUGCUCAAGCUCCAUGGUUCCCAGCCAUGACGAUAGUGGACUAGAUCUCUGAAACUGUGAGCAAGUCCCCAUUAAAUACUUUGUCAUAUAAGAGUUGCCUUUUUCAUGGUGCCUGUGGUGGUUUGAAUGGGCAUGGUACCAUAUUUGAAUGCUUGACCAUUAGGGAAUGGUGCUACUUGACAAGGAGUAGUAGGUGUGGCCUUGUUGGAGGAAGUGUCACUGGGGUUGGGCUCUGGGGUUUCAAAUGCUCAGGUGUGUUUCUCUUGUUCCUGUUGCCUCUGGAUCCAGAUGUAGAAAUCUGAAGCGACUUCUCCAGGGCCAUGUCUACUUGCCACACUUCCACUCAUGAAGACAAAAGACUAAAACCUCUGAGCUUAGGCAAGUCCCAGUUAAAGGUUUUCCUUUAUAAGAGUUGCCAUGGUGGUGGUGUGUCUUCCCAGCAAUAGAACACUGAAUAAGACAGACAGUGACUAAGAUACAGGGAAUAUUCCUAUAAAGCUUGUAGCCAUCCCAGGCUUGUUUAUAGACACUAGAGUGGAGAGCUCACUGUGAAGUAGCCUGAAGUUCAGGAUUUGUGAAGUCUCCAUUAUCAUUUUGGUAACACUUUAAAAAAUGUAUCAUCCGUGGGUGGUGGUGACACACAUCUUUAGUCUCAGUACUCGGGAGGCAGGUGCAGGCAGUUACCUGUACAUUCAAAAUAAAUAAAUAAAUAAAUAAAUACUCCUGGCAUUGGAAAACAUGUGGGAAGAUUUCUUGGUUCAAUUCAAAAAUUAAGGAAUAGCAGGGUUUGGGAAACAUAUUUGAUUAAAAGAGAUACUUGAUUUUAAUCUGACAAUCGCACCCACUGAGUCCGUGUGCUACCUACACUUGUUCUCAGGGCUGAGACUGGCUAUGAAUAUCACUUACCAGGUUUGGUGGCAUGGGCAUGUAAUCCAACUUGGGAAGCUUGUGAGAAGGAUUCCAGGCAUGAGAGCUGUCUGGACAUGCUGAGUUCCUGGUAUUCCCAGGGAAACUGUGUUCCCUUUUUGGGAGAUUGUAUCUUGUUAAUAAUAGAAGUUAACAAGUGAUUGCAGAAGAAAUCUCAAGGACUAUAUAAUAAAGUUUGAGUGCAAAGCAACAUACCAGGCAAAGCUAUAGGCAAACUAUAGGUCUUGAAGGCUGCCUGAAGAAAGUUGUGUCCUAGUAUUUCCUAUGACUCCUUCCCCCCACUCCUCCUCUCUCUUUCCAUAGCAAAUAGCUGUCGAUUGGACAUAGCUUCUUGGUACAUUUAAAUUUUCAAAUGUAACUGGGAGUGGUGGUUCCUCGCUGUUUAGUAUAACAGGGCCCCAGACCUUAGCAUUACUGGACUCCAGGAUGGAAGUGCCAUCCAGGCUGCAAAACUCAGCACUUAGAGACCACCACUAAAAUAAAAACGAAGAUUUAAUCCAUCAAAGUCCAUACAGUCGGAAAGUCUCAAAAUGUACUAACCUGGCUUUUUGGCUUCUGUAGUUCUGUUUCUGGCUAACUGCUCUUGUUAAGUGAAGUAUGUCAAACCAGAACAUGUUUUUUUGUGCUUAAAAGCUUACCCUUGGAAAGGCUGAGGACUACACUGGGAUCCUGAGCACACAGUGCAGCCACUCAGUGGCUGAUAAAGACUUUCUAGUAGCUUAAACCCAUGUCCAAGUAGUCUUCUCUGGGAAAUACCAUGCAACACAUAGUGCAUUUAAAUUUUCAAGUGUAGCUGAUAGUGGCAGUUCCUGGCUAUAAUCUUGGCACUCUGAAUGAGGGGGCAGGAUGAUUUCACAUUCAAAGCCAAUCCUUGGUACAUAGUGAGUGGGACACUUUUUAGAAAGGUUUUUAUUACAUGAAGUUUAAGCACAUGUGUCUAUGUGUGCAUAUAUAUCUGGUGGUGCUUGUGGGAGCCAGAGUGCUGGAUACCCUGGAGCUGGAGUUACAUGCAGUUGUGAGUUUCCUAACCUAGGUGCUGAGAAUGAAGUCCAGUUCUCUGCAAGAGCAGCAUACUGUUCAGCAAUCGCUCCAGUCCUUAAAUGACAUGUUUGCCUGAUUCUGUACUGAUGUUUGCCCUGCUAACAUAGCUGUCGCCAUUUUGCUCCAUACCUGCCAGCUAUUUCAUAUUGCUGCUGUAAUAUUCCUGUUAGUCAUUGAUGCAAAAAACCCCAAACAAACAAAAAAAGCUAAAACACUUGACUCAGAGCAGAGUCAUCCUGACCGCAUAUCUAGUUCUGCUUUGUAUAUUAUGGGGUGUGUUAAUCUUAAAAAAACCCCACAACUAUAAGCUUCACAUAAGAGCCAUUAAAUUAAAGGUCAGUAUGAACUGUUAUGUCAAAAAUGGCUUGUGUCAAGGCUCAGUGUGGUUUUUGUGGUUUUAGCCUUUAUAAGCUGCCCCAGAAACAUGUCCAGUGCACAGGUUUGAGCUGUUGUCCAUGUUGAUCAGUCUUGGGAUCUGUGUUCAAUAAACCAUCCCUGUUUAACUGAG